AUGGAAGAAAUCAACGAGUGGCAACAAAUCGAACAGCACACAGCGCUCGAAUCCUCUGGAGUUUACGAUGGUGAAGACCGAUCAUCAUCUUCUUCUUCUUCCACUCCUACCCAUCACGAAGAAGAUGGAAGUUCCGUUAGUGAUAGGGAGGCUACGACGCGGUUAGAUUGGGCCAAUGAAGGGAAGAAGCUGCUGAAGCUGCGGUUUGAGGCCAUGAGAGUGAAGUUUGUGAGGGUGGCUUCCAAGGUUCGUAAUUCUGCAAUGUGUGCUGGGGCGUUUUGGUCAAUUACGUGUGUGGCCGGAGCUGCCGCAGCGGCGGCGGUGUUGGUAUGGUUGGUUUAUUUUGGGAUUCAAAGGCGUCGCCGGAAGUUGGAUGGUUUGAAUGAUCUUCUUAGACAGAAAGAUGAGAAAAUUAGCCAACUCUUACUUCAUAUUGCUCAUUUGGAUGAAGCCUUGUCAUCACGUCGUAGGAUUCAUGUGUAUCAAAUUGUUGGCUAA